GCAGCUAAGGACUGGAGGGAAGCGGGAGCCCCAGCGGGAGGGAGAAGGCUGGAGCGGAGGGAGCGAGUAAGGGAGUGAGAGGAGGAGCAGCGGCAGCAGCAACAGCAACAGCAGCCGCAGCUGCGGAGGUGGAGGCGGCUGCUGCGGGCGGUCCCAACCGCCUCUUCCCCGGCUCCCGGCGGGCUAUUUCACCCUUAUCCCCUGUCCAGUCUCCACCAGUAACCGAAGCUGAGUCGUCAUGUAGCAGCUACAUAGUCAUCUCCUAUUUGCAACUCUUUUUUUUUUUUUUUUUUUUUUUGGUGGGGGGAGGGCAGCAAUUUAAAAUUUUUUUCUUCCUCCUUCCCUGCCUCCUCCCCGCUCCAUUCUCGAGCCGCAUCUGUUUCUUCAAAGAAAAAAAUAUUUUUAGGUGCUCAGGAGAGGGUGGGGAAAUAAUAAAUUAUAGUGAACCAGCUUCAUACUCCUCCAUAAAGGGCAACAAUGACUGAAGAGAGCUCAGAGGUGCCCAAAGAGUUGAUAGAAAGUAUCAAGGAUGUUAUUGGCAGGAAGAUUAAAAUUGCAGUGAAAAAGAAAGUAAAAUUGGAAGUCAAGGGAGACAAAGUAGAAAACAAAGUAUUGGUGCUUACAUCAUGUCGGGCCUUUCUUGUGACAGCUCGAAUUCCCACCAAGCUAGAAUUAACCUUCAGCUACCUAGAAAUCCAUGGAGUUACCUGCAACAAGCCAGGUCAGCUGAUUGUUGAAACCGAAAAAUGCAGCCUUUCCAUGAAGAUGGCAUCUUCAGAAGAUGUGAAUGAUGUGCUGGCACACAUUGGCACUUGUCUGAGGAAGAUAUUCCCUGGCCUGUCACCAGCGAGAAUUAUGAAAAAAAUUGCUAUGGAGCCAGCUGAAAGACUUACCAAUCUCCAGGCACUGUGGGAUAGCCAGACUGUUGCAGAACUAGGGCCUUGUGGGGGAUUUUCUCAGAUGUAUGCCUGUGCUUGUGACUGGCUUGGAUUUCCAUACAGAGAAGAAGUCCAGUGGGAUGUGGAUACCAUUUAUCUGACACAAGACACACGGGAACUAAAUUUGCAAGACUUUAGCCACCUUGACCAUAGAGACUUAAUACCUAUUGUUGCUGCUCUGGAAUACAAUCAGUGGUUCACAAAGCUGUCCUCUAAGGAUCUAAAAUUGUCCACUGAUGUCUGCGAACAAAUCUUGAGAGUGGUGAGUAGGUCCAAUCGAUUGGAAGAAUUGGUUUUAGAAAAUGCCGGGCUUAGAACAGAUUUUGCACAAAAACUGGCCAAUGCCCUAGCCCAUAAUCCCAACUCAGGACUUCACACAAUUAACCUUGCUAGCAAUCCACUUGAGGAUAGAGGUGUUUCCUCUCUAAGCAUUCAGUUUGCCAAACUCCCAAAGGGACUCAAACACUUAAAUUUAUCUAAAACCUCAUUAUCACCGAAAGGUGUGAAUAGCCUUUCUCAAUCACUCAGUGCCAACCAGCUAAUUGCUACCACCCUCACCCACUUAGACCUCUCAGGGAAUGCUCUUCGGGGAGAUGACCUUUCGUACCUGUACAACUUUUUGGCUCAGCCAAAUGCCAUUGCUCACCUGGAUUUAUCCAACACAGAGUGUGCCCUGGAUAUGGUCUGUGCAGCACUUCUUCGUGGAUGCCUUCAGCAUUUAGCUGUUCUCAGCCUCUCGAGGACUGUCUUUUCUCAUCGGAAAGGAAAAGAUGUACCCCCAUCUUUCAAACAGUUUUUCAGCAGUUCUCUUGCCUUGAUGCAAAUCAACCUUUCAGGCACUAAACUCUCUCCUGAGCCUUUAAAAGCACUCUUACUGGGUUUGGCUUGUAAUCAUAAUCUGAAGGGGGUUUCUCUUGAUCUCAGCAGUUGUGAGCUGAGAUCAGGAGGUGCCCAGGUUUUAGAAGGCUGCAUUGCUGAAAUACACAACAUCACCAGCCUAGACAUUUCAGACAAUGGAUUGGAAUCUGACCUCUCUACCCUGAUAGUAUGGCUUAGUAAGAACAGAUCAAUACAACACUUGGCAUUGGGCAAAAAUUUCAAUAACAUGAAAUCCAAAAAUCUUACACCUGUUUUGGAUAACUUAGUACAGAUGAUUCAAGAUGAAGAAUCACCUUUGCAGUCCUUAUCCCUUGCAGACUCCAAACUCAAAACAGACGUAACCAUCAUCAUCAAUGCUCUGGGCAGCAACACUUCUCUAACCAAAGUGGAUAUCAGUGGGAAUGGAAUGGGAGACAUGGGAGCAAAGAUGUUGGCAAAAGCCCUACAGAUCAACACUAAGCUCAGGACUGUCAUCUGGGACAAGAACAACAUCACUGCACAAGGUUUCCAGGAUAUAGCUGUUGCUAUGGAGAAGAAUUAUACUUUGAGAUUUAUGCCCAUUCCCAUGUAUGAUGCUUCCCAAGCACUUAAGACUAACCCUGAAAAAACAGAGGAGGCACUGCAAAAGAUAGAAAACUAUCUGCUUCGGAAUCAUGAAACAAGAAAAUAUCUCCAGGAGCAAGCCUAUCGACUACAACAGGGCAUUGUCACCAGCACCACACAACAGAUGAUUGACAGAAUAUGUGUGAAAGUACAAGACCAUCUCAACUCUUUACGAAACUGUGGUGGGGAUGCCAUCCAGGAAGACUUAAAAUCAGCAGAAAGGCUUAUGCGUGAUGCUAAGAACUCCAAAACGUUGCUACCAAAUUUAUACCAUGUUGGUGGUGCAUCAUGGGUAGGAGCCAAUGGCUUAUCAUCCAGUCCAAUAGAAGAGACAUUAGAAUCAAUGGCUGGAGAAGUUACAAGGGUUGUAGAUGAACAGCUGAAGGCAUUACUUGAAUCCAUGGUAGAUGCCGCUGAAGAUCUUUGCCCCAAUGUGAUGAAAAAGACGAACAUCCGACAAGACCUGAUUCAUGCCAGCACUGAAAAGAUUUCCAUUCCACGCACCUUUGUGAAAAAUGUCCUUUUGGAACAGUCUGGAAUCGAUAUUCUUAACAAAAUUAGUGAAGUGAAGCUGACAGUGGCCUCUUUCCUCUCUGAUCGAAUUGUAGAUGAAAUCUUGGAUGCCCUUUCACACUGCCAUCACAAACUGGCUGACCAUUUUACUAGGAGAGGCAAACCACUUCCACAUCAAGAAUCCUUGGAGAUCGAAUUGGCCGAGGAAAAGCCAGUUAAACGCUCCAUCAUCACUGUAGAGGAGUUGACUGAGAUAGAACGUCUGGAAGACUUAGAUACCUGUAUGAUGACUCCUAAAUCCAAAAGGAAAAGUAUCCAUAGUCGAAUGCUCCGACCUGUGUCCAGGGCCUUUGAAAUGGAGUUUGAUCUUGAUAAAGCCCUGGAAGAAGUUCCAAUUCACAUAGAGGACCCACCUUUCCCAUCCAUCAGGCAGGAGAAGAGGGCCUCAGGAUUCAUCUCAGAGCUGCCUUCUGAGGAAGGGAAGAAGCUGGAGCAUUUCACAAAGUUAAGGCCAAAACGGAAUAAAAAACAGCAACCUACCCAAACUGCAGUUUGUGCUGCUACCCCUGUCCCUCAUGAUGGAGAACAGAAUGGCCUUAUGGGAAGAGUGGAUGAAGGGGUAGAUGAAUUUUUUACCAAGAAAGUAACUAAAAUGGAUUCCAAGAGAUCAUCAGCAAAAGCUUCAGAGUCUCAUGAUUCAAGUGAAGGAGGAGGAGAUGAAAAGAAAAAAAGGGAUUCUCGGAAAAGUGGCUUUCUCAAUUUAAUCAAGUCACGAUCCAAAUCUGAGCGCCCACAAACUGUCCUGGUCAUUGAGGAGCCUUCAUCUCCAAAAGGGGCUGUCAAAAACCCAGCUGUGGACACCCCCAAGAAGGAUAUAAAGCCAAUGGAGCAGAAUGGAAGCACAGAACGGACAGAAGAGUUAAAAACACCGGACUCACUUGAGGAUAAUCAAAUGGAGGAAAUUGGGAGGCUAGAACGGAGUGAUAGCAAGAGCAGCCCUCAGGGAGGGCGAAGGUAUGGAGUUCAGGUGAUGGGUAGUGGCCUGCUAGCAGAAAUGAAAGCCAAGCAGGAAAGAAGAGCAGCUUCUGCCCAAAAGAAGCUUGGGAAUGAAGUCUCUUCUCAGGAUGUUUCUUCAACUGCUUUAAGCAACAUGGAACGAUCAGAUGGGAGUGGAGCAGUACCCAAGAUGCAUCCAGGCAUUCCAGAGAACCGUUUUGCUGCAAAUAAAGGUGACUCCAUUGCAGCAACACCAGAGAAAAACACCAAAACAGACCCCAAAGUGGACAUCGGUAUAAGACCUCGGAGUUCCUCCAAUACGCCUACCAGCCCCAAACCCCUCCUUCAGUCCCCUAAACCUACCUUGGCAGCCCGACCCACAGUCCCACAGAAACCAAGAACUGCUUCUCGUCCUGAGGAUAUUCCAGAUUCUCCAACUGGCCCUGGUUCCCCUAAAGUUGCUUUGCUUCCACCUAUUCUAAAGAAAGUUCCUUCUGACAAAGAGAGAGAUGGCCAAAGUAGCCCCCAGCCUACAACAAGGUCAUUUCCCCAAGAAGUUUCAUGGAAGAUCCAAGGACAUCACACCCCAGAACACCUGGAGCAAAGACCGAGGUCCUCCAGCAGAGAUGGCUACCAGGGCAAUAAGUCCAGUGACUCUGGAGAGGAUGCCGAGAAAGACUUUAUUUUUGUUUAAAAGGGGAUGCUUUGCAAAUGACUGAUUGUUCAAGGUACUUUUGUAGCCCCAGAUACUGUUUUCUGUUGGUGCAAUUGGUUUUCUUUCUCCUUUAUUCUUUUCUUUUCUUUUUUUUUUUUGUGAAUAGGAAACAAAUUCUUUAUUAAUGGUAUUCAAAGCACAUUAGUUUGUUCUAUCCUUUUCUUAAUGAUACAUUUGAUUCUCCAACAUCCCCUUAUAUGCCUUCACUAAAAACCAGCAUUCUCUACUCACGUUCCCUACUGGAAUUUCUCUGAAGCAGCUACGAAGAGUAUCCUACCAGAGGGUGUGGGGAAGGCAAACUGGAAAGCAUCUCACACGAAUCCACCAUGCAACAGGCUGUGUGUUGUACUGCUGAUUGUAAAUGUGUCAAAUCUGCACUAGUCUGACAAAGAAAUAUAUUCUUGCUGUAUGCAAUUGCACAUUGUAAUUAUAGUCACAGAGCACACUAAUAAAUAAUUUGUACAAAUUAUAUAUAUUAGAUGCUUGGGUCUGGGUUUUACGUUCUCCCAGAGAGAAUGCCUUUCUUCCUGUUGAACUGUACAGAAAAAACAAAACAACCCUCAAAUGGUUACAUUUGCAUACUGACAACAAGCACAACUGAGAGUAGAAUAGAAUCGUGACUCUACUAAAUCCUCAGAUUAAUGUAUAUAGUUGAUUGGAAUGAGGCAAUCGAGAUUUUAUGAAUAUUGGUGUUUGGGAGGUUGUUUUCAGCUCUGUCUGCAUAUUAGCUCUUAAUGUGUGAUUUGAGAGAGAAAUAAUUAGACACCUGUAAAAAAAAAGAGUACUCUUUUGGGGGCAUAUUUCAGAGAUAUUCACUUACAUUACAGGUUGAAUUUUAUUCAUAUGUAUAUUUGUACCAAUAAAAUGAUUUUGCAAGUGGAA